CCGUUGUCUCCCCCUGGUGGACGGUCUGCGGCAUCACCAGCGGUUACACUGGAGGAGAGCUGAACACGGGAGCGGUGGUGCUGUUGCACCGUGUGUGUUGAACUCUUUCUAUUUCUGUUUUCCCUGAAGACCCGGGGGUUUGUGGAAUAGGUUCGCAACACGAAGCGCUGCGGAAAAUGCUGGCGACAGGAGCAGCUGUAACCACGGCGCUGGCGCAGGUGGACAGAGAGAAGAUCUACCAGUGGAUCAACGAGCUGUCCAGCCCGGACACCCGGGAGAAUGCCCUCCUGGAGCUGAGCAAGAAGCGGGAGUCUGUGCCGGACCUGGCACCCAUGCUGUGGCACUCCUGUGGCACCAUCGCCGCCCUGCUGCAGGAAAUUGUCAACAUCUACCCAUCAAUCAACCCCCCCACGCUGACGGCACACCAGUCCAACAGAGUAUGCAAUGCCCUCGCACUCCUCCAGUGUGUGGCUUCACACCCAGAGACCAGGUCUGCUUUCCUGGCUGCACACAUCCCGCUCUUCUUGUACCCGUUCUUACAUACUGUGAGCAAAACACGGCCUUUUGAGUACCUCCGACUCACCAGUUUAGGGGUCAUAGGUGCUUUGGUGAAAACAGACGAGCAGGAGGUGAUCAACUUCCUGUUGACGACAGAGAUUAUUCCCCUGUGCCUUCGCAUCAUGGAGUCUGGCAGUGAGCUCUCUAAAACGGUUGCCACCUUCAUCCUACAGAAGAUUCUCCUGGACGACACGGGGCUGGCAUAUAUCUGUCAGACUUACGAGCGCUUCUCACACGUUGCUAUGAUUCUCGGCAAAAUGGUUCUCCAGCUUUCCAAAGAGCCUUCAGCGCGCCUGCUGAAGCACGUCGUUCGCUGCUACCUGCGCCUGUCCGACAACUCCAGAGCCAGAGAAGCCCUCCGGCAGUGCCUACCCGACCAGCUGAAAGACACCACCUUCGCCCAGGUCCUGAAGGACGACACCACCACCAAGCGCUGGCUGGCCCAGCUGGUGAAGAACCUGCAGGAGGGCCAGGUCACCGACCCCCGGGGCAUCCCGCUGCCCCCGCAGUGACUCCCUGCUCCUCAGCAGCCCCGACCGACACCGACAAGGACGGGCCGACAGAUGAUGAGCCGCUCGUGUUCGGGCUUGGACAGACUCAAAACAGCACUUGAUUUUCAUGUUUUUCAAAAACUUGUCAAGCAAAAGGCUCUCGCCUGUCUUCUCUUUGUGUUCAGACACGCAGGCAAAGCGCCGGUGCUCUGAGAUCAGCUGCUGACAGCUUUUGUCUCUGGUGCCAUUUCGUUCCCAUGGCUUCAAGGUUUCAAGGACAUUCACGUUUGUUGCCUUGCCAUGUGUUCAAUAAAUCGUUGCACAACAUGAAACAGCAUUUUCACUCUCGUGUUGUGUAUUACCUUUUUUUAGGUAAGAAAUGGGGGGGUUGUAAUGACUUGUGCAUCGUCUGUGCAUCUUAGAAACGGUGUCAAAAAUAGAAAAAAGAUAGGUCAAUUCUCAGAAAACGUUUCUCAAGCUGUGCUGGAGAAAACAAAGAACAAGGACAGAGCAUUUUAAAAGUUUGAGAUGUGCUCUGUGCUUAAUGUCAUGCCACCACAGGCAUUCAUUUUGCUAUC